AUGCAGUCCAUUGGACAAGUUUUCAACCCAAAGCAGCUCCAGCAAGAUCCAAUUCAACAUGAAUCUGUAGCUAGGUUUGAUGUAGUGCUUGCUGGUACUGUAUCAGCACAUAUCCCAGUAUCUUGCGACAGCUCGCCAGAUCUUUUUGGAUUCACAACCGGACAGAAAUCCAUCUGCCAUAGCGAAAACAGUCAUUCCCAUAGUCGGCCUGCUGAGCCUGUUAUUGGGUUGAUUGCUGGUGAGCGACUCUUUCAGAGUCGAUUAUCCGUUGCACUACAGCCUGACCAGAUAAUUUCAUUGAAAGAUUACUCAAACCCAAAGGAGCAGAUUGUAUGUAUCAAAUUUGGUCACAAGCAGCUGCCAUUACGGAUUUUUGUGGCCUCGAAAUCUAUCCUAAGUGUCUGGACAUGCGAUAAUCAGUCUGGCUCGACAUAUACACCCAGUAACCUUCAAUUUUCAUCUAAUAAUGCCCGUAUUUCAGAUAUGCCCGUUCCAGAUACACCGCCAUUGCUUAAUAGCAUGGUAGGGUUUCAAAAAAUUGUUCGAUCUGAUUUUCCAGACACAAUCAAUGGUAUCAGUGUGCACCAAAGCGACAAUUUUGUUGCUGCUCAUCUCCACGAUUCUAUCAUGGUUGUGGCUGUUUCUACUGGGGCUGCUGUUGAGUUGCAAGGCCAUUUGGCACGCAUAACAGCAUGCCAAUUCUUCAAUCACACUGCCAAUCCAGCUGCCAAAGAUUGGUUGCUUAGUGUUUCAGAGGAUAGAACGUUUAAAAUAUGGAAUUAUAGUUCAUUGGAGUGCCUUUAUAGCUCGUCAAUUGUAUGCUCUAGCCCACUUACAUGCAUAUCGUUUGAUCUUGUAAAACCAAUUUUUGCAAUUGGUUCUGAGGACUCCAUCAUUCGAUUUUAUGAUCCUACGCUGCAUGCAUCGAGCGUAUCAUGUGAACCACGAUUAGUGAAAUCUAUUGAUCUGGACGCACUAUGUCGAAAAUGGUAUAUCCAUAAUACCCUUCCCAGCAUCACUGUACCUAAAAAAUACACGAGAUCAGAUGGUGUGCCUAUUGUGAGCAGUCUUCCAUCUUGGCGCCGUACUGUUGAUCAGCGCAAUGAGACUAUUAUCACUGGAACGGCCGCUGCUGCUGAAGAAGAUUGUAUUGGAUUGGAUUCAAACAGUGAUGUUAAGCAUACAUUAUGUAUUUUGAAUAUGUUUUAUGGACCACCUAUCCCAUCUACAACCCCUCAUCUUCCAUUCACAUCCCGCGUUUUUGUUGCAUGUCCGAGUCUCAUUGCAGUUCUGGAUGCCAAUAGCUACGGUAUUCUGCAUAUUGUUAAUUUUAAUAGUUCUCAGCUAAAUAUGGAAUUGUAUAAACAUUCCAAUAAUGCGCUGGAUUCAAUGACAGAUCAGCUUGGGUUAUUAAACGUUAAAACCGACACGACACUACGUAAAACAGCUGCUCAAACCAUUCAAAUGGCACGAUCAAUCUCAUUUUCACAUUGUGCUGGAAUGCGGCAUUGUACAUUUGCAGCCAUUACUCAUGCAAUGAGUGGCCAGAUAACUCUUCUUUGCAUCCAUGAAAUCCACAAACAGCGUUUGAAUUUGUCUUUGGCUAGCAAUGUGUCAGAUAUGUCGCUGCAGGAUAUUGUCAUUGGAGCAAUUCGAAAGCAUGUCGCAGGUGAUAAAUGGGUUGACAAUAUUUAUCAGGAUUGUAUGCGAGAAUUGGCUUUUCAAGGCAUCCACAAUUUGAAUCAGCUAUCAAUACGUUUUGGGAAUGAUGACUCACUUGUCAACAAUACACUGUUUUUGCCCAUGUAUGUAAACAAAGAGUUGUCAAUGUCGAUCAAGUCUAAUCACAUCAAAGAACGGUCGUUUAUCAAAGAUACCGAGUUUUUUUUGCGACUUCCAAGACUGGGUGGUAUGGCUAAUGAUAAUUGUGCGCAUUCUACGGUAAAAAGCGCUAGCAGCACUUUAAAGACAGGCACCAAAACAUCACGCUCGCUAAAGAACAAAAGUAGUACCAAUGUCAUUAUUGAUAAACCAGUAACAUUCAGAUCUACAAUUAAAUCAUCUGGCUACACGCAGGCUCCUAAAGCUACCAAAUUAUUUUCAGGAUUGGAUGCUUCAUUUUCUAAACCUUUAAAAUCCAAAGUAAGCAAUAGUAAUCUUUCGAGUGAAGCUUCAUUGUUUGUGGGUGCCAAGUACCCAGUCAAUGGAAAUCCAUUGACUGAGAUCAAGCAACUUUCUAUUCCAACUAUACCGCAUACAUCUAGCAUUUCAUGUAUCCGAUAUCAUCCAUCUGGUCGGUUUCUUGCCACUGGAAGUGCUGAUAAAUGUGCAAGAUUUUAUAGAUUGACUACAACCAAAUCAAGCGGACAGUCCAGCUCUGUAUCACGCGAUUUCCAUGGUCACAACAGCUGUGUUACAGAUAUUGCAUGGCGUCUAAAUCCAAUCAAGGAUGUUGGUCAUGUAUUGUUGACCAGCUCGUUAGAUGGAAUGGUGAGAUUGUGGGGAACAGACAGAUCCGAUCCAGUAUUGUCGAUUUCUUGUCUUGCUACGGUAUCCACUGCGUCAGCCUUGUCAGUAAAUGUUCGAAAGACAUCAGUUUUGAAAACAGCCACAUUACAAUUGAAUCAAAAAUCUCAACCAAAGAAAACCGUAUUUUCCAAACCAGCAAUGAAUACUUGUUCUGCAUCUGGUGGAUCGGAUUCGGGAACAUUGACGGUUUGGCCCAUUCAUGCUCGAUUUUUCCAUCGUGACCAGUAUCUUGUUACCACUGCUGGUUCAGAUAUACAGUUUCGAACAUAUACCAUUCAACAUGCUGAUCCAGCAAAGUUUCCCAGUCGAAUUUCUACAAAAUCGAUCCUACCACCCCGUCCAUCCACAGCAGAAGCAUCACAUAGACAAACACGACUAGUUAUGCGAUUAGAGUCUGACGCACAAACAGUAACUGCAUUGGCGUGUCUCAACACCAACUUGUCGCAAUACAUUGUAUCUGCAACGUCUGAUCGGUGGUUGCAUUUAUGGGAUGCAGAAACAUCUCAACCCGUGCUGACGUGGAAAGAUGCGCAUAUACGACCAGUGAAUUGUAUUUGCUUGGGAGAGACGCUUGAAGGUGUCGCGACUGGAUUUGAAAAACUAUUUGUAUCCACGAGUAUAGGCGAUGGGAUUAAGAUAUGGGAUAUUCGAUGCGAAUCUACAGGAUCAUCAUCCAUUCAUCCUGUUUUACAGUUUAAUGGCCAUGUCAAUAGGUUUACAGGUGUGCGGUGCAGCGUAUCACCCUGUGGAUUAUAUAUUGCCACUGGGAGUGAAGAUAAUCAUGCAUACAUGUAUGAUAUUCGAAUGGGUAGAUUGGUAGGAAAGACACGAGGAAAUCAUGGUGCAGUUGUGACAGAUGUUGCAUUUCAUCCAACUAUUCGAGAAAUGGCAACUGCAUGUCAGGACGGACGAGUAAAGUUUUUCAAAGAUUGA